AUGGGGGGAGGAGUGGCGGAGGUGUUGCGCGGGCGGUGGUGGGAGGAUCAAUCGAUGUUUGGGUACAAGCGGGAGAGAGCUCACGUGCCUCUGCACUCCCAUGCGAGCGUCGACGACGCCCUUCGUUUCUGGUACCACCGAGACAGAGCAGCCACGUUCGAGGCAGCAGAUGCUGCCACCUGGGCGCCUGGAGCUGGCGCUGACGUGGCAGCGUAUCCCUUCCCCAUCCAGCCGCCCUUCGUCCCCACUGACAACCCCACUGCCUGCUACCGCCGCCGCUUCUCCCUCCCCGCCUCCUGGUCAGGCCAGCUCGACUUUUUCACAAAGUCCCUCCUACUCAAGCAUCCCCCGCCCUUCUCGUCCCGUCCCUCUCCCUGCUGUCAUCAACCCCCUUGCCAGGCCAGCACAUCACGCUGCCAGCACAUUACUCUGUGCUUUGAGGGAGUGGACUCCGCCAUCCACGUGUGGCUGAAUGGGCACUACGUGGGGUACAGCCGGCUCUUAACACUCAAAAACCAGCGUCUCUCAUUCCCCCUACGACCCCCCCUGGCAGGCCAGCACAUCACGCUGUGCUUUGAGGGAGUCGACUCUGCCAUCCACGUGUGGCUCAACGGUCACUAUGUGGGGUACAGCCGGGACAGCCGUCUCCCUGCAGAGUUCAACACUCCACGCCCCUCCCUCUCACACAUCCCCUGGCAGGCCAGCACAUUACUCUGCCAGCACAUCACUCUGCCAGCACAUCACGCUGUGCUUCGAGGGUGUGGACUCCGCCGUCCAUGUGUGGCUGAACGGGCACUACGUGGGAUACAGCCAGGACAGCCGCCUGCCUGCAACUCAACACUCCCAGUGCCCCCACUCAUACAACCCCCUUUUCACUGCCUGUGUUGCCAUGCUAACUCCCUGGCAGGCCAGCACAUCACUCUGUGCUUCGAGGGGGUUGACUCCGCCAUCCACGUGUGGCUGAACGGGCACUACGCGGGAUACAGCCAAGACAGCCGCCUCCCUGCCGAGUUCAACGUCACACCUUAUUGUAUCACGCGUGGGAAGGAAAAGGGCGAAGAAGGCACUUCCGAGGGGAGGAAACGCGAGGGGAAAACUCGUGAAGCAGAGGAGAAAGUGCGGGUGGGAGGGGAGGUGGAGAGAGCAGGGGAUGGGGAGGAGGGGGAUAGGGAGGAGAGGGAGGGGGAAGGGGAAGGGGAGAAUGUGUUGGCGGUGAUGGUGGUGCGGUGGAGCGAUGGGUCGUAUCUGGAGGACCAGGACCACUGGUGGCUGUCUGGCAUGCACCGCGACGUCACUCUGCUGUGCCGCCCGCAGGGGGAUGGGGAAGGGGAAGGGGAGAAUGUGUUGGCGGUGAUGGUGGUGCGGUGGAGCGAUGGGUCGUAUCUGGAGGACCAGGACCACUGGUGGCUGUCUGGCAUGCACCGCGACGUCACUCUGCUGUGCCGCCCGCAGGUGCAUAUAGCGGAUUUGGAGGUGAAGACUGAAGUGUCUGACGACAUGCAGUCUGCAACGGUCAAGCUAGAGCCACACCUCUACACGCUGGUGGUGACGCUGGCAGAUGCCUCGGGGCGGCCACAGCAGGUUGAGGCGGCGAGGGUGGGGGUGAGACGGGUGGAGCCACACCUGUACACGCUGGUGGUGACGCUGGCAGAUGCCUCGGGGCGGCCACAGCAGGUGGAGGCGGCGAGGGUGGGGGUGAGACGGGUGGAGCCACACCUGUACACGCUGGUGGUGACGCUGGCAGAUGCAUCAGGGCGGCCACAGCAGCCACACCUGUACACGCUGGUGGUGACGCUGGCAGAUGCGUCGGGGCGGCCACAGCAGGUGGAGGCAGCUAGGGUGGGGGUGAGGCGGGUGGAGGUGCGGGGGAGAGAGCUGCUGGUGAACGGGAAGGCAGUUGAGGUGAAAGGGGUGAACCGGCACGAGCACCAUCCACAGACCGGGAAGGUCAACAUCGAAGAGUGCAUGGUCAAAGUAAGUCAACCCUGGUCAAGGGCUGGUAACGCAGGUGGUGAGUCAACGCUAGUCAAUGCUGGUCAAGGUGUGAAUGGGAGGGCUGUGGAGGUGAAAGGGGUGAACCGGCACGAGCACCACCCGCAGACUGGGAAGGUCAACAUCGAAGAGUGCAUGGUCAAAGUAAGUCAACGCUGGUCAAGGGCUGGUAACGCAGGUGGUGAGUCAACGCUAGUCAAUGCUGGUCAAGGUGUGAAUGGGAGGGCUGUGGAGGUGAAAGGGGUGAACCGGCACGAGCACCAUCCACAGACUGGGAAGGUCAACAUCGAAGAAUGCAUGGUCAAGGAUGUGGUGGAGAUGAAGCGGCACAACGUGAACGCAGUGCGCUGCAGCCACUACCCCAACCACUCCCGCUGGUACGAGCUAACAGAUCUCUUUGGCCUCCUAGUAAUCGAUGAGGCCAAUAUCGAGACGCAUGGGUUCGAUCCAGACAACCACCUCAACAGGAAGGGGCGGCAGCCGGCCGAGGACCCGGAGUGGGCGGCAGCGAUGGGCGCGAGGGUGAUGCGCAUGUGCGAGCGCGACAAAAACCAUGCGAGCGUGGUGGUGUGGUCGCUGGGGAACGAGGCCGGCUAUGGGGCCACACAUGAUGCCAUGGCAGGCGAAGCAUCCUCACCUCACUCUCACCAUCUCUCCCCCCCUGCUCCCCCUUCAUCCAUCCAGCAUGGGGACCCCUCUCGCCCCAUACACUACGAGGGGGGCGGCUCUCGCACCACUGCCACGGACAUCAUUUGCCCCAUGUACAUGCGCGUGCCGGACAUCAAAGCUAUUGCUCAAGACCCCAAGGAAACCCGCCCCCUCAUCCUCUGCGAGUACGCCCACGCCAUGGGCAACAGCAGUGGCAACCUGGAUGCGUAUUGGGAUGCCAUCGAGUCCGACCCACGGGCUGCAGGGAGGCUUUAUCUGGGACUGGGUGGAUCAGAGCUGGCCCAUGUGUAUCGCUACUUUGGCUUUAAGUGGACGGAGCAGGGUGACGUUGAGUGCCACGUCAUCCCCAGCCCCAUCCCUGCUGACCUGGACUGGGCGGCGCAUGGUGUCAGCGCUGACUCAGAGCUCUUUGCACUGUUCACUGCUACAGUGAACGAGAGAACAAGGUGGUGCGCUCCCGGGCAGGUUGUUGCAUCUGUUCAGCUGCCCUUCAAGCUGCCCGAAGGAGCUGUUUCCACAAAGCCUGCCAUAUCCGAACCUGGGGUGUCCGAGCCUGCUAUACCCAUCCGCCAAUCAUCUGUUCUUGUCACAUCCACUGAUGGCUCGUUCGCAAUCACUGUUCACGUCAAGACCGGUGGCGCACUUUCCUGGAAGGUCAACGGUUCAGACGUGCUGCUUCCCCCGUCCCUCGCUGCCCCCUGCCUCGCCCUGUGGCGGGCACCCACGGACAACGACAAGGGAGGCGGCGCCGCCAGCUACGCUGCCCGAUGGAAGGCUGCUGGGCUCAGCACCCUUGCUGCUGCUGAAGCAGAAGGGGUGAUUUCCCUAGUGGGGGAUGCUUCAGUGGUGCCUGGAGGGGGGCCUGAAGGAGAGGGUGCGAAAGGAGGGGAAAGGGGUGAAACAGGGACGGGCGAAGAGGGGAAUGGCGAAGAAGGGAAGGGUGGAAAGGGGAAGGGCAUGGAGAGGCAGCAAGGAGAGGGAGACGAUGAGCCCAUGAAAGUUUCGAUUGGAAAGGAUGGGAUGGUCACUGUGGUCGUUCAGGCAACUUUCCGACCCCGGGCAGAUGAAAUUUCCGAGGAGGGAGCAGUGGAGGCUGGUGCUGCUCCAACCAAUCUGGUCGAAGCUUAUGGUGGGGCGGAAGCUGAAUCACCUGACAGCGCCGGGCAGGCAAAAAAUAUUACCGAUGUGGACCGCUGGGUCCGGCUCAAGUCAGAAUGGCAGAUCCAUGGCAGCGGGCAGGUCGUUGUAAAAUUUUGGGUAGACCCAAGCCCAGCUCUGCCGCCUCUACCACGCGUCGGAAUGCGGUUCCGGGCAGCGAAGAAACUUUCCAACGCGGUCUGGUCCGGGCGGGGCCCGCACGAAUGUUAUCCUGACCGGAAGCAGUCUGCACACGUGGCGCUUCACUAUUUGCCGGUGAAAUCCGUCCAUGUGCCGUACAUUGCUCCUGGGGAGAAUGGAGCGAGAGUGGACACGCGUUGGGUCACACUCUUUACAAGCACACAGGAGGGGGAACAACAGGGGUCGGUGGGAGAACCACAGGAGGUUGCAGAAGGCGGUUCACAGCCAAAAGCAGAGGGGGGAGCACAGGUGGAAGCGCAGGGGGAAAAAAAAAAAAAAAAAAAAAAGGAGGCGGAUGGGGGGAAGGGGAGGGAGUUAUUCCAGAAGGUUCCGUUGGUAGGGCUUGUUAUGGAACCAGUGAAGAUAGGUGGGGGAAAUGGAGGUGGGAAAGGGGUUAAGGAGAGUGGGGAGGGAGGGAAGGCGGUGGUGCAUUUCAGUGCGAGUGGGUAUGCUGCAGAGGAGCUGCAUCGAGCACAGCAUGAGGAGGAGCUGGUGGAAGACGAGGACUACAACCAUGUGCACCUCGAUCAUGCCAUUAUGAGGGUGGGCGGCGAUGACAGCUGGACUCCUGGUGACAGCUGGUUGCGUUUUAUGACCACUGCUCCCUUCCUCUCCCCGCUCCCCCCACCUGUGCAGGUGCACCUGGAUCAUGCCAUCAUGGGGGUGGGCGGCGACGACAGCUGGACCCCAUCGGUGCACAAGGAGUUUCUGCUGCCACCCCGCCCGUACGCAUUUGGAGUGGCUUUCAGGCCCCUUAUUGGGCAAGGGGAGUGA